AAAACAAAAAUAGAUACAUAGAAAUUAUAAUAUUAGUUUUUUCAGUGAGAGAAACAAGUUGUGAGAGAGUGGAGAGGAGAUUGGUGCUUAGGAGAAGGUUUGAUGCUUUCGGCUAAGCUUGCUGAAACUGGCCUCGUCUAUGCUGUAUUGGGCAGUUAAGGGAAUACAAAGAUCUUUGAACAUCUCCUACUUUAUUACCUUUUUGCAACACCUACCCUCUUUCUCUCUCACACUCGUCGUAGGUUUGAUUUUUCUUUCUUCUCUCAGUUUCACAAUACUCCACCUCCUUCCACCAUUAUUUUAUUAUUCUCAAACAAGAGAGAGAAGAGAGAAAGGCUAGCAGAACGGGGAACAAGACAGAGCCCAACACACACACUCUCAGUUAACAAUUUUUCAUUUUUCUUUUACACCAGAGUGGGAAUCACUGAAUCAGAAAUCUGGGUUGUAUACUUGCCUCUCUCUUUUUUGCUGGUUAAUGUGUGUGUACAAAGACCAACUAGCUCUGCAGCUAUCUGAGUGAGAAGGGAAGGGAAAAACAUCUGGGUCUUGUUAAGCAAAGGAAGUGAAGAAUGUGGGAUCUGAAUGACUCCCCCGAUCAGAGAAAGGACUACGAAUCAGAAGGGUGUUCUUCUCUAAAGGAAGGAGAUGAUGAUAAAGGCAAGAGGGUUGGAUCUGUUUCCAAUUCAAGCUCCUCUGCAGUGGUCAUCGAGGAUGGAUCGGAAGAAGAAGACGGUGACAGGGGUGGAAGCAGAACGUUCAAGAAAAAGAGUAGCAAGAUAUUCGGGUUCUCAGUGACCCAUCAUGACAGUGACCGCCCACCCGUGACCGUGACCCGCCAGUUUUUUCCGGUGGAAGAUUCCGAUGUGGCUCUCCCCUCCGGCGGCGGAGGAACCUCGAAUUCCUUCCCUCGCGCUCACUGGGUAGGCGUCAAAUUUUGUCAAUCAGAAACUCUCGGCGCCGGAAAAUCCGUGGAAGUGUCGCAGCCUAUGAAGAAGAGUCGGCGAGGACCAAGGUCACGGAGCUCACAGUAUAGGGGAGUUACCUUUUACAGAAGAACAGGUCGAUGGGAGUCUCAUAUAUGGGAUUGUGGAAAACAAGUGUAUCUGGGUGGAUUUGACACAGCACAUGCAGCUGCUCGUGCAUAUGAUAGAGCCGCAAUUAAGUUCCGAGGAGUGGAGGCAGACAUCAAUUUCAAUAUAGAAGACUAUGAAGAUGAUUUGAAGCAGAUGAGCAAUCUAACCAAGGAAGAGUUUGUGCACGUACUUCGCCGACAAAGCACUGGAUUUCCUAGGGGAAGCUCCAAAUAUAGAGGUGUAACUUUGCACAAGUGUGGAAGAUGGGAGGCUCGGAUGGGCCAAUUUUUAGGCAAAAAAUACGUUUAUCUGGGUCUGUUUGACACCGAGAUUGAAGCUGCCAGGGCAUAUGACAAAGCAGCAAUAAAAUGCAACGGCAAAGAGGCCGUCACCAAUUUUGAUCCCAGCAUAUACGACAAGGAGCUUAACUCGGAAUCCUCAGGUGUAGCUGCAGAUCACAAUCUGGAUUUGAGUUUGGGCAAUUCGAGCUCUAAGCAUAGCAGUAGUCAAGCAUUGGGAAAUCAACCCCCAAAUUCUUCAACCGAUCAGCAUAUGGCACUCGAAUCUAAUUGGCGGAAUGGGGGAAGCAAGCCUAAGCUGGUGAACAUACUACCGAAACCAUGUGGUAGAAGCAACAUGGAAGCAUAUGCAAGAGAUGGUCAGGGGGAAAGUGAAGCCUUGCGGUUGCUUAGCCAAACUCGCCUUCAUUCUCCACCCACUAAUGAAAUGCAUAGAUAUGGUCCGUAUAGGUCGCCAGCAGAGCCUCCUCAAAUGCCUCAGAAUUUUGUAAAUCUUCACCCACCAAAUUUUCAUGUUUCCAGCAGCAGCAACGGAGGCCGUAUUGGAAGUGAUCUUUCAUUGUCAAUGUCGGAGCAACAAUGGCAACCGGGGCCUCCACAUUUGUUAGCAACUGCUGCAGCAUCAUCAGGAUUCCCACCGCAGAUUAGACCCUCGCAAGGUUGGCUGCAGAAAAAUGGGUUCCACACUCUCAUGAGACCUUCGUGACCCUUGAGAAUAUAUUGUUACCAAUAAUUCUUCUUAUUAUCUUCUGUGAGCAUUUGCAAAUGGAUGCAGUUUAGAUUAUUGUUUUAUGUCCAACCUCCUCUCUUUUAGGAAAAGCCAUACAAAACCGUAACUUUACUAUUGAGGUGAAAGAGUGGAUAAAAGAAAAGAAAAGGGAAAGCCAAAUUGGGAACUCACUGGUCUUUGCUUGGUCUGGGUCAGUCAAACUAACAAACGGACGAAAUCUUUAACUAGAUACUAGAUAUUCUGGGCUCUGACUAAAAUUUCUGAUGUUAUAUAACUAUGAUUUACUGCAUUUCUGCACUAUUAUAUUUAUGACAGCACCUAUUCGUUUCUUAAUUUGGGAUGUAUUGCUAUCGCAUACACAUGGUUGUCAAUUUGUUCCUUAUUUCUGCUCGGAUCGGGAUUGGCCUUGAAAACUUUGCCAAGGAAAGAUGCUAGCUUUGGUUCCUUAAUAGGGUAAAUGCAGGAUUGCUUAGCUUGACAAAAAACAUUGGGGCAAAUAUUAAUAUGUACUAGUAGCUAGGCUUAAGCGAGGUGAGGAAAAAAGAAGGGGGGGGGGGGGGAAAUUACUCGAGAUAAGGGAGAGACAGAGAUGCAAAGUGGGUUAUUUUCUGGUGUCUCGGAAAUAUAACCGGAUGGCGAUGAAUAGUCUCUAUCAACGGUGUCCUUUGAAUCAGUUCUCUUGGCCAAAAGCAGUCAGACAAAGGCUAUAAUGACGAGAGGGACCUAUCAUUGGUCGUCUAAAGCUUCAAAAGGACACUGAUGCAUUGUGAGAGAGAGAAGGAAGCGACCAAAAGGGUAUAAAUGGUGAAGGGGCUGGCUUGCUUGGGGGUUUAAGGCCCUUGUCAGUUUUAACUUUUACGAGAAAGAAAAAUAAGUACGUGCUAUUAACUAUGUUAAUUAACAGGGGAAACAGGAGUUGGGUCAUUUAUUUAUGGGAUGUACCUUUAUGGGAGCAGAGUAGAGGAGAGUAGUAAUUGGUUAGAGGAUUGGUUGGGUUCAAUGAUUCCACACUUGUGAGUGUUGGAGGGAACAGCAUCUGAAUCGGUAAUGAACCAGCGACUCGGUAUUUUAUGCUAAAGCUUCGUUGUUUGGAUCUUACAUGAGUGCUGGUUAAAAAAUGUUCUUUCUUUAACGAGUGGAUGGGUUUUAUUUUAAAAGAUUAUGUAAUGUUUACUUGCGAUUUAAAUAGAAAUAUGCAGCGUAACACCUUUUAUUUG